GCAUGGUCGUCGUCCUGGACCCGCUGUACGUCACCCUUUUCGUGGACGACGGCGACCCUCUCGCGACGCUCCACGUGCAGGACGCGGCCUACUUCAAGUUUGGCACCACUGAGGUGAUCGAGGCUCCGGCGACGCACGUGCACUUGCGCCACAAGAAGUACAACACCCUGAACGGCGCGUGCGUCGGGGUCCUCGACGACAUAAUGCCGAGCUGGCGGACGGCGCGCGGGCGCGGCGACCCGCACGUCGCGUGGAUGUACGUGGUCGGCGAGCUGCCGCACAGCGAGCUCUCCUCGCAAGGCGCGCGCACCGGCCUUCUCGACGGCCACCAUUCGUUCGUCUCGCCCCUCGCGGCGACGCGCCGGAUCAGCGUGCGGCGGUCGCCGGACGGCACUGGCCGCUGGGUCCCGGCGCACGUGCUGCGCCCCUUCAUCCCGGCAGGCGUGCCCGAUAAUGUUGCUGUGCAGUGCGUGCGCGAGCUGAUUGCCAAGGGCGGCCACCAUUCGGGCGCGCACCGCAAGGAAAAGAAGCGGGCGCGCGAGGAGAGGAGGCGCGACGAGGAGGGGGCGGCGCCGCCGCCGCCGCAGCA